GACUUUAUCUUGGAGCAUUACAGCGAGGAUGGAACUAACUACGAAGAGGCUAUUGCAGACCUCAUGGAUACCAGGCAGGCAACCAGAACGCCGACAAGAGACGCGGCUGGAAUCGCCCUGCUUCUGAGAUACUACAACCAACUAUACUUCAUCGAAAGACGCUUUUUUCCGCCUGAUAGAAGCCUCGGGAUCUACUUUGAGUGGUUCGACUCACUAACCGGAGUUCCGAGUUGCCAACGCACAGUCGCAUUCGAAAAAGCCUCGAUCCUGUUCAACGCGGGAGCUCUUUAUACGCAAUUAGGUGCUAGGCAAGAUAGAAGAAAUGCUCGCGGUUUGGACCAAGCCGUGGAUGCGUUUUUGAGAGCUGCUGGGACCUUCAGAUACAUUCAUGAGAAUUUCACGAAUGCACCGAGUAUGGACCUGGGCCCUGAAAUGUUGGACAUGUUGGUCCAGCUAAUGCUGGCUCAAGCGAGGGAAUGUCUAUUCGAGAAACUCGAAUUACAGUCGAGAGGUGGUAGAAAUAUCGACGUGUCUUUAGACCUUGCUCAAGAAGCUGCACAGGUGGCAGCGGUCUAUAACGAUGUUCAUGGAUUAAUAUCUCGAGAACCCGUUCGAGAUUACGUUCCUGAAUCUUGGAUAUCGUUGGUGCUGGUUAAACGCGAACAUCACUUAGCUCUAGCUCAUAAACAUUGUGCCGCUGGUAUUUUAGAAAGAUCUAUAUCGGAAUAUCGCACAGAAACAAAGCUCACCCUGGAGCACAUCCAAGAGAGCGAUGGAAAGACGCAAAUGGAUGUGACCGUGCCGAAAGAUGACAUCGAAAGGAAGUCAUUAGGCCGUGCUCAUUUGAGAGAAGCGCUUGUUUUACAUGAGGAAAGUCAACGAUUGCAGAGAAUGUGUCGAGAGCUUAAGGGGAAACAAGCACUGGCCAGAGUUUUAAAAAGAGCACAAGAACAAACCCUCGAAGAUUAUGCCCAGUCCGGAGAAGAGGAUGAUUUUCGGGAACUUUUAGAUCCACCUCACAUAUUAGGUAAGCUGAAAAUACGUCCAAAGAAAUUGGGAGGCAUGAAGGAAGGUGAUUUUAUAGUCAGUAUCGGCAACAAAGAUGCCAAGUGGGCAUCUCAUGAUCAAGUGGUACGCUUAAUAAAGCAGUGCGGCGAUUCGAUCAGUCUGAAGCUCGUCACUCCGAUGGAUAGAAAUUACUUGAAGAAACCAGCCAAGACGAGUCACCACGACAAGGGAAGUGUUUCUGCAAGUAGUUCUUCAGGCGUCUCCUCCGGCCAACCAAGUCCUGCAGGUUCGGUCACAACGGCCCAUGUAGUCAGAAGGCUUCCCUGGAAUCCUUUUAAGAAAUCAAAUGGUCAACGUGACAGUCGAGACUUUACUUUUGACAAUGUUAUUCUAAGAUGAUCCCACGAGCAUACCUGAAGAAAGGUCACGGCGAUUAUUCAGAUUCGAACAAAAUGUUCCGUUCCAAUCGUGUUAAGGAGACACCGCAGAAUUAUUUGAAAACAAAGUUUUCCAUGAAUUUCUAACUUUUCUGUCCCAGGCUAUUGAUUUGCGACGUAUAUACUACUUUUACAAAUAUUGUACAAACGCUAUACGUGUAUUAAUAAGUUCUAGAUAGUAUCACGUACACAUUGAUUUGUAAAGUUAAGUUUGCAGAUUCAAUUCAAACUAGGAUUGCUGACUAUUUUUCUUCAAGUUUCCUGGAAUUUAUUUGAAAAAAAAAAAGAAUUGUUAAUAUGUCAUAUCGCAUGAAUCGUUGCCAAAUCAUUAGGUAUUUUUAAGUAGGAUUCUUCGUGAUUUGUUUAAAGCCAUAUAUUAUUAAUAAAAUGUUUAAAACGCAUAAAUAAUUGAAGGUUAAAUGAAUAAUUGAUCUAGCUCUAAUUAAUUAUUUUUGUUGGCAAUACCGGAAUUCUGUUAUUUUCAUGUCAUCAAUCAGUAAUACUGUACCGAAGGACCUGUAUAUAAGUAUAUCUCAUUAUUCGUGAUUUGCCAUAUAAUAGAGUGAGCAAAAGAAGUGA